AUGAGUUCCGUUGCAAAGCCUGUCAUUAUCAGCGGUGCUGGAAUCGUUGGUUUGACCCUUGCUCACGGCCUCAAAAAGGCCAACAUACCCUUUGAAGUAUACGAGCGUGACGACCAUAUUGACGCUCGCGGUCAUGGCUGGGCCAUUACAAUUCAUUGGGCACUACCGUUCCUCGUUGAGCUUCUCGAUGAUGCCACCAUUGAGGCAGUUGAAAACGUCCAAGUCGACCCAGAGGUUGGCCGCAACGACAACGGCAACUUUCUCUUCAUCAACCUUGAAACUCUAGAUUCCAAAUUCCGCAUCCCACCCAACAAGCGGCGCCGGGUCAACCGCGAGAAGUUGCGCAAGGCUCUCCUCCAAGGUGUCGCGGAUCAUGUAAGAUGGGGGAAACGGUUAGACAACAUUGAGCUAGCCAAUGGUGAGGAUGGGGGCGUUCGCGCUCACUUCACAGACGGUUCUUCCGUAGAAGGGAGCAUGAUUAUCGGCGCCGAGGGAACCAACUCUCAGACAAGAAAGUUUCUCGUGCCGGAUAACUAUAGAAACCACCAACUUCCCGUACGGUUCAUAGGUGCUGCGGUAGACAUGACCCCGGAACAGGCCAAGCCUCUACGCGACAUUGACCCUUUGCUCUUCCAGGGCUGCCAUCCCGUGACCGGACAUUUCCUCUGGGUAUCCAUGAUGGAGUCUCCCGAAGUGAACGGCACAAAGGGGACAGAUAACGAGCGGUACAGAGUUCAGAUCAUCACAUCGUGGAUGGUCAAGGGCGGAAAGGACGAGGUCCCGCCCAGCGAUGCCGAGCGUGUCGCCGAAAUGAAGCGACGUGCCACUGGAUUUCACCCACUCCUUCGCCAAGCAGUCGAACAGAUUCCGCAAUCAGCACCAGUACUGGAAAUCACACUCCAAGACUGGCCAUGCUUCGACUGGGAUAAUCGUGACGGCCGGGUGACGCUCGUGGGUGACGCAGCACAUGCCAUGACCAUGUAUCGCGGUGAAGCUGCCAAUCACGGAAUGCUAGACGCUUACAACCUCGUUCAAUGUCUCAAAAAGAUGUAUUCUGGCAAGGUAUCAUGCAAGGCUGCCAUUGACGAGUAUGAGGAGGAGAUGAGAGAUCGUACGGGCGGUGAGGAAGGGGCUGUCAUGUUGAGCCGACAGGCAUGUUUGGAUGCGCAUGACUUUCAUGGUUUGAAUGAGAAGUCGGCAGUGUUGAAGAGACGAGCGAUCAAGGCUAGGUGA